AGCUGUAGUGCUUAUCACUAAUUUCUUUCUCUGUAUAAAGAGUAUCAAAGGCGCUAUCCUUUCCCUCUUCCCAAUCAUAAUAGUCUCUGUAGCUUCAGAAUCCCUUUAUUCUUCCUUCCUCAAAGAAAGGUUUAAUUUUUCUUCCGCAGUAGUUUCAGGAGCAAUGGCAAAGAGCUACUUCAAGCAAGAACAUGACCUUGAGAAGAGACGUGCAGAGGCUGCUAGAAUUAGGGAGAAAUAUCCCGACAGAAUCCCGGUGAUCGUGGAGAAGGCUGAGAGAAGUGAUAUUCCAAACAUUGAUAAGAAAAAGUACUUAGUCCCAGCUGACUUGACUGUGGGACAGUUUGUCUAUGUGAUCCGCAAAAGAAUCAAACUGAGUGCAGAAAAGGCAAUCUUCAUUUUUGUGGACAAUGUCCUCCCUCCAACAGGGUCAAUAAUGUCUAGCAUAUAUGAUGAGAAGAAGGAUGAAGAUGGUUUCCUCUAUGUUACCUACAGCGGGGAGAACACUUUUGGGCACCAGAUACAAUUGUAGAGCAAGGCCAAUGGGGUCGCUUAUGACUUUUAUCAUUACCUAUCUUCUUUUCUUGCUUUUGUUGAUAAAAAUUCUGUCAUCAACUCCUAAAAUGUAAAGACCUCUCCUGUACAGUCAUAGUGUAUAUAAUGGCUACGGGAGAGAUUGUCAAAUAUUAGAAUUUCUGAUUUAUGAUAUAAAUAAUUCAUUGGCUUCUAAUGUAUGAGCUGAGCUUUAAAACCA